CGUUUAGGCCAAUCGAUGAAAAAAAUAUCAUUCACCUACCAAAGAGUGAAGGGCAAGGAAUACUGUCAACUUUUUGCUGUCAAGUCUGUCACUUUUGUCGUUCACUACAUACCAAAAGCUACCAUGACUAACUUAGUCACCAAAAGUUCGUAUAUGCUGGAAAAGUUGGGCAAGAAGAGCCCCAGGCUUUUCGCAGCGUCAUUGCCUGCAUGCCCUUUAUGGAGUAACAGUCAGCAGCGUCGCAACCUCAACGUACAUGAACAUGUCAGCUAUUCGCUGCUGAAAGGUGCUGGUAUACCUGUGCCUAAGUUUGGUGUAGCCAAGACUGGUAAGGAAGCAGCCGAACUUGUCCGAAGUCUGGGACUCACAGAUAUUGCAGUCAAGGCUCAGGUGUUAGCUGGUGGUCGAGGUUUAGGUCAUUUCAAAAAGGGAUUCAAAGGCGGUGUUAAAAUGGUUGACACGGCAGAAGAAGCUGAAUAUGUAUCAGGUCAGAUGUUAGGAGAUUUUUUGAUCACAAAACAAACUGGAGAGAAAGGCCGUAUCUGUAAUGCGGUUAUGGUAGCUGAACGUGUGUAUGCUAGAAAAGAAUUUUAUUUUGCUGUCAUGAUGGAAAGAGCAUUUGGUGGCCCAGUUUUGAUAGCGUCUUCUCAGGGUGGUGUAAACAUAGAAAAAGUUGCUGAAGACAAUCCUGAAGCAAUUUUAUACAUGCCCAUUGAUAUUACAAAAGGUAUAUCUAGAGAACUGGCUUUAGAUGUAAUCACCAAAGUUGGAUUGACAAAAAAAAAAGAUGAAACUGCAGAUGUAAUUUUGAAGUUAUAUGACUUAUUUCUUACCAAAGAUGCUCUAUUAAUUGAAGUUAAUCCUUAUGCUGAAAGUAUUUCUACCGGGGGAUAUUAUUGUUUGGAUGCCAAAUUCCGAUUUGAUGAUAACGCAGAGUAUAGGCAAAAAGAAUUGUUUGAUUUGCGCGAUUGGACUCAAGAAGAUGAAAAAGAAGUAGAAGCUUCAAAAUUCAAUCUUAAUUAUAUUGCACUAGAUGGUACCAUUGGUUGUUUGGUAAAUGGUGCUGGUUUGGCAAUGGCUACUAUGGAUAUAAUUAACUUGCAUGGUGGAUUCCCAGCUAAUUUCUUGGAUGUUGGAGGUGGUGCUACUGCUUCUCAAGUGAAAGAAGCUUUUAAAAUCAUCACAUCAGACCCUAAAGUAUGUGCUAUUAUGGUGAAUAUUUUUGGUGGAAUAAUGAGAUGUGAUAUCAUUGCUGAUGGAAUAAUUGCGGCAGCUCAAGAGUUGAAUCUCAAUGUACCAAUCAUUUGUCGUUUACAGGGAACAAAUGUAGAUGAAGCAAAACUUCGCAUUGCAAACUCUGGUAUGAAAAUUUUGCCAGUAGACAAUCUAGAUGAAGCUGCUCGUUUGGCAGUUAAAUUGUCUGAAAUUGUGAAUCUAGCUCGUGAACAACACUUGGGUGUCAAUUUUGAAAUGCCCAUCUAAAAAGGAAAAUAAAUAAUCUAACAGUAAUUAUUAAUAUUAUGUUAACUAAUACUUGUUCUUGAAAGGCUAUUGCACAUUUGUCUUCUAAUUACUACACAAUACAGAUCAGUAAAAUACAUUUUAUAUUCUCACUCAAAGCUUAAAUAAAUUAUUCAGAAGAGACAUAAAUAUGCUUUAACGUUUCCCUUUUAUUAUUUUAUUUGUUGUUGGACACCCUUGAAUUAAAUGGUUUUUGGUUUCUUAUACUCUUAAAAAUUCAUAAUAAGUAUGGCUAUUGUUUUAAUAAUAUUUUUCUUUUGUUGUUUUUGUCAGAUAAAUUGUUUUAUAUAAUAUUAUAGAUAAUUUAUCCCUAUAAUUUAUACAUCUAAAAAGUUAUUCUAAUAAUGUUCUUUUGUAUGAUAGUUACCUUUAUGAUUAAGUGUUACUAAUGAUUUAAUUUUGUGACAUAAUUUAACAACUAAACCAAUUCAUUGUAUAGUAUUAAUUUUAAAAUAAAAAAAAAGAAAGUAUUAUUGCUGUUUAAAAGUCUCCUUAAAUUAUAAAAUGAACAAUUUGUAAAGAUUUAUUCCCGCUAACAGCUUUUUGAAACAAGAAGGCACAGAUAAAUUAAUGUCCAUGCUAUAGAGUUAAUCUUAUAGUCAGUUGUGAAUGACACGCUAUGUUAUCUUUGAUUGUAUUUCAUAAAUUGUU